ACCGCUCUUAUCAGGAAGGGAGUCUGCGUGCCGGGUACCCAGAAUGCAUCGGCAGAAGCCUUUGCCUAAACCAGGCCAGCCCUCCUCUAACAAUGCAGUCGGGGAACUGUACGCAGACUUUGCUUAGUACCAGAUUUAACCACAGGUACAAUAAAUCAACGACAAAUAAUUAAAUAUAUCAGAUAUGUGACAUAGGCAUCAUUUCACAAGUGGGACGUGUUUUACAUUGGAUUAUCCGAGUGAAAAUUUUUUCGCUGUGGAUCCUUGAAUAUCUACUCACUGCUCAAAUGGCAAAUCCAUUAUCCUUGGGCCUGUUUCCAUGAUGCUGUGUGCCACUGCUCAGGAUUGCCAACUUCUGUCUAGGCCACCCUGUUGCCAUGGAAACUUGCACUCCAUCAGCUAGCGUUGAUCAUGGCAAGGAAUCUAGAUCGGCAAGGCUUAUAAAAAUGGCCAAUAAGAGAUUGGCAAAUUGGGAAUGAAUAUAUUAAAUACCAUUUGAGAGGAGAGAAAAAGAUCAAAUUUCCUUUCUAUUGGUGUUUCACCAAUAUCAUAUUUUUUUGAUUAACCCAAAAAAGACAUUAACCUGUUAUGUUAUUAUGGCUCCAGAUCCCACAUGAUAUAAAAUAUUUUCACUUUGUUUUUAUAUGAAUGUAUUUAUUAAAUUAAAAAAGUAAGACAAGCAUAACCUGCCACAUGACUGGCUAUACCAUGCUACGGAACGGUGGUGGGACAGCAAAUGGUGCCCAACCCUGGGUGUUGCGCUGGUCUAACCGAAUAAGGCUGACCUGGUUAAGUUUCACGCUGUUUAUCAUCCUGGUCUUUUUUCCACUGAUUGCCCACUACUACCUCACCACUAUUGAUGAGUCGGAGGAGGCCGGCAAGCGAAUAUUUGGCCCGCGACCAGACAGUGAGCUUUGUGAGGUGAAGCAUGUGCAGGACCUGUGCCGUAUCCGUGAGUCUGUGAGUGAGGAGCUGCUGCAGCUGGAGUCCAAGCGCCAGGAUCUCAAUGGAGAAAUAGCCCGACUCAACCUGAAGAUCGAAGCCUGUAAAAAAAGUAUUGAAAAUGCCAAACAGGACCUUCUUCAACUUAAGAAUGUCAUAAGCCAGACUGAGCACUCCUACAAGGAGCUCAUGGCCCAGAACCAGCCCAAGCUCUCUCUGCCUGUCCGCUUAUUUCCAGAUAAGGACGACACGGGCCUGCCUCUGCCUAAAUCGCACCGCUCCUGUCGACUACACUCCUGCUUUGACUACUCCCGCUGCCCGCUAACUUCUGGCUUCCCUGUUUAUGUUUAUGACCCAGACAGCUAUGCCUGGGGUGCUGCCCUGGAUCCACUUGUCAAACAGGCCUUUGCCACUUCUGCAAAAAGUAGUAUUUAUGUCACAGAUAACCCAAGCAUUGCCUGUAUUUAUGUGGUCCUUGUUGGUGAACUUCAAGAGCCAUCAUCAUUGACCACAGGAGAUUUGGAGAGGCAGCUCCAUGCUCUACCUUACUGGAGAAAAGACGGGCACAACCACUUGUUGGUCCAUUUGUCCCGUAAAUCACUGACCCAAAACUUUCUUUCUAACGUCAGCAUGGGCCGGGCUGCUGUGGCCCAGUCCACUUUCUUUGAGAAUCAGUACCGGCCCAGUUUUGAUCUAGUCACCUCACCCUUGGUUCAUGCCCUCUCAGAGCCCAACUUCCUAGGGGUGCCCCCACAGGUGCCUGUGAAAAGGAAGUACCUCUUUACUUUCCAGGGAGAGAAAGUGGAGUCCUUGCAUAGCAGCCUGCAGGAGGCACCCCCUCGCUCGUUCGAGGAGAUGGAAGGGGACCCUCCUGCAGAUUACGAUGACCGUAUAAUUGGCACACUGAAAGCAGUUCAGGACAGCCGCCUUGACCGGGUGCUGGUGGAGUUCACCUGCAAGAAUCACCCUCAGCCCAGUCUUCCUACAGAAUGGGCACUAUGUGGGGAGCGGGAGGAGCGUCUCAAACUUCUCAAGGUCUCCACUUUUGCCCUGGUGAUUGCACCAGGUGACGGCAGAAUGGUGGCCUCAGCUGGUUGUGGCAUGCGACUCUUUGAGGCCCUGGAGAUGGGUGCUAUCCCUGUGGUUCUGGGUGAUCAGACCCGAAUGCCAUACCAUGACCUGAUCCACUGGAGUGAAGCUGCACUUAUAAUCCCCAAACCACGUAUCACAGAAGUACACUUCCUCAUACGUAGCAUCUCUGACAACGAUCUGCUUGUCAUGCGCCGACAAGGGCGCUUCCUUUGGGAGACCUACUUCUCCACAGCUGAGAACAUUUUCGGAACCAUUCUGGCCGCCCUAAGGACUCGCAUUCAGAUUCCUGCCACUCCCAUCCGGGAGGAACUGGCCCAGGAGAUCCCACACAAGUCUGGCAAGGCUGCUGGUACAGAUCCCAACAUGGCAGAUAAUGGUGACCUGGACUUGGGCCCCGUGGAGACGGAGCCACCUUACGCAUCACCACGCUACCUGCGUAAUUUUACCUACACAGCAGCAGACACAUUCCACGGCUGGAACCGGCCUCCUGGGCCAUUUCACCUUUUUCCCCACACACCACUGGACCCCGCCCUGCCCUCUGAGGCCAAAUUCCUGGGCUCAGGAACAGGGUUCCGCCCCAUUGGUGGGGGUGCAGGUGGCUCUGGGAAGGAGUUCCAGGCAGCAUUGGGGGGCAAUGUGCCUCGGGAGCAGUUCACGGUGGUAAUGCUGACCUACGAGAGGGAGGAGGUGUUGAUGAACUCGCUGGAAAGGCUCAAUGGGUUACCCUAUCUCAACAAAGUGGUAGUGGUCUGGAACUCCCCUAAGCCCCCCUCUGAUGACCUGCUCUGGCCAGACAUUGGGGUCCCCAUCAUGGUUGUGCGAACAGAGAAAAAUAGUUUGAACAACCGUUUCCUACCGUGGGAUGCCAUCGAGACAGAGGCGAUCUUGUCCAUUGAUGAUGAUGCCCAUCUCCGCCAUGAUGAGAUAAUGUUUGGAUUUCGUGUGUGGCGGGAAGCCAGGGACCGAAUCGUGGGGUUUCCAGGGAGGUACCAUGCCUGGGAUGUAAACCACCAGUCAUGGCUCUACAACUCCAACUAUUCAUGUGAGCUGUCCAUGGUGUUGACAGGGGCUGCCUUUUUUCACAAGUACUAUGCAUACCUGUACUCCUAUGUGAUGCCCCAGGCCAUUCGCGACAUGGUGGAUGAGUAUAUCAACUGCGAGGACAUUGCUAUGAACUUUCUGGUCUCUCACAUAACCAGGAAACCACCCAUCAAGGUGACAUCUCGCUGGACCUUCCGCUGCCCCGGCUGCCCCCAGGCCCUCUCACACGAUGACUCACAUUUUCAUGAGCGGCACAAAUGCAUCAACUUCUUUGUCAAGGUGUAUGGCUACAUGCCACUGCUCUACACACAGUUCCGCGUGGACUCUGUGCUCUUCAAAACAAGGCUACCACACGACAAGACCAAAUGCUUUAAGUUCAUCUAGAAUCCCAAAGAUGGAACUCGAAGGAACUCGAGAGAGGGUGAUAAUAAAGAAACUAUGUUUGUACCUGGCAAACAAAUGAAAGCACAACACAGCUGCUGCUUUUUUACAGGACCACUCUUGGGGGCAGAUAUACUUACCAACGGAAACUUUUACAAACACAAAAUGUUGUUAUUUUGCUAGUGACCACUACAUUUCACAAGUUGCAACUAAGUUUGGUUGCUUGUAAACAAACUGGGUCCAUUUAGUGGCCACAUAAUUUGGGCAACUAAAGACAUUUGCCUUAGUGGUCCUCAGACCAACGUUAAUAAUUUAAAGAGAAAAAUGGUAUUUGUUGUUGGGGGCUGGAGUAAAUACAAGGUACAGGCUAGGGUUUUGAAAGAAAUUAGUUUGUCAUUGCACAUAUUUAAAAAUGUUGUUUUUUUUCUAUGUGCGGGACAACCCAAAUUUUUAAGGCUUUGAGUUUUUUAGACAAUUACAAAUAUAACCUUGUGUUUGCUGAUGUCUCCAAACUACACAUUUGUGAACAGGGACUUGACAUUAGUGAUGUUGGGAAUUUUAAAAGAAAGUAAGGAAAUAAGAUACAUGUUCUCAAAGAGAGAAGACGAUGGAAGAGUCUAGGUAUAGUUAAGAGGGUGUGUGUGCACAUCUUUGUUGUUGAAGAUGAUCUGCCUAGAGCAACGUUUUUAUUUUCUCAUUUCCAACUGGACAAGAUAUAAAGUAACCUUCAUAACAAUUCCACAGAAGAGCCUGCAAAGUGCUUCACAUGGCCAUUAGUGGCCAUCUCUUGUGGUGGGGUGGUCCUUUUUUAGAUUUAAAUAAUUUUAUGUGGGUGAAUGGAUCCUUAAAGUGUGUAGGUUGAGCAUCCGUGUCUCUCAACUAUGUUUUUUUCUUUUGAGGGGUAGUUGGGAGAGAAUUCUCUCAGCCUGUGCUUAAUGUUGGAACUAGGUUUGAGAUGGUACAGUAUCAUGCGUAAUGCAACCUGGGGGGGAAAAAAACUCAAGCAAGUCUAGUUCUAAUGCAUCUUGAUUAGAAGGAGUUGUCUUUGUCAAAAAAUAGUGGUCCAGCAUGGAAAGUAGACCUGUUGGCACAAACCUGUGGCCAAAUAGUGCAAGGAAUACUGGAACUUUUGCAGAACUUGACCCCAGUCUUACCAAUAAAAGAAGACGUUGUUGGGGAAUCAUGCUGUUGUAUGAGCUCAAAUGGACUCAGAAUGGACACCGAUUUUAUAUAUUUAAUUGUAGUCUGCGAAAACAUGUAACUCAUAAAAAAAAUUAUAUAUAUAUAUAUAUAUAUAUAUAUAUAUAUAUAUAUAUAUAUAUAUAUAUAUAUAUAUAUAUAUAUAUAUAUGAGAGUGUGUGUAGAUCUAGAUCUAGAUCCACCUGGGGCUGGUUGUACGUACAAGAUCAGUGGAGCCGGAUCAUGACGGUUUUACUAUGUAUUAGCUUAGUGUGUUUAUGUGUGUGUGUAUAUAUAUCUCUCUAUCUCUUUAUCUAAACAAUGUUACCUUGUGCAAAUAUAGACAUCAAUAAAAAUGAAAUAUUAUUAUACCAAAUUAAUCAUGGUAUAUUGCUUACUUAAAUCUCACAGACUCUCGCAUCUCUUUGUAUUUCAUUACUGAAAGUUUGUCAAUGUUCCAAAAACUGUUGGCAUCAUGUUUUACUAAACAUUUUUAAACUUAAUAAAUAAACAAUUACCAUAACAAA